AUGACCCUAGCCGAGACGCCCUUCACCAUCGACAACCUUCCCUACGGUGUAAUCUCCACCGCGGAGACACCAACUCCGAGAUGCGCGACUGUUCUGGAGGACGAUGUCAUAGAUUUGAGUGCACUUGAGAAGGAUGGAUACUUCAAAUCCAUUCCGGGAUUUAAAGGCGAAGUCUUUUCUAUGCCAACCCUGAAUAAAUUUGCCUCUCUUCCGAAAGAAGCCCACGUACAGACCAGAGCAGCGCUUGUCGACCUUCUCUCAGACAAUGAUAUCCGCAAAAGAUAUGCCAUUCCCCUCUCAAAAGUGCAGAACCAUCUCCCCAUGGAAACCAAGAACUUCAGCGACUUUUACUGUUCAUUCGAACACACCAGAAACUGCUCCGAACUCUUCUCUCUGAAGCCUCCAGCCUCAUGGUUCGUCAUCCCCUCCGUCUACAACGGACGACAAAGCAGUCUCCGCAUCUCCGGUACUCCUAUCCGACGGCCUUGGGGUGUGACGCUCGACUCCAACAAACCCAACGACCCACCAGCCUUCAGACCCAGCGCGCGCUUCGACUUUGAGCUAGAAAUGGGCGUUUACCUAUCCCAUCCACUCCCCCCAGGCGAGAUCCUCAACAUCAACAACGCAAAGGACCACAUCUUCGGACUGGUCAUCCUGAAUGACUGGUCUGCAAGGGAUAUCCAGACAUACGAGAUGGCACCACUGGGCCCAUUCCACAGCAAGGGCUCGGGAACGAGCAUCUCACCAUGGAUUGUACCUAUCGAGGCACUGGAGGGGUCAUACUGUAAUGCGAGGGUGCAGGACCCGGCACCCUUGAAACACCUAGCAUGGAAGGGCAGAGAAAUCGAGGCAACAUUCGAUAUUGAAUUGAAAGCGAGGGUUAUCAGAAACGGAAAAUCCUACACCGUCACAGAAACAAAUCUAAAGGAGCUUUACUGGACUCCGUUCCAGCAGAUUACCCAUCUCUGUAGUGCAGGCGAGGGGCUCUCGACAGGAGAUAUCUUCGGCACGGGCACCAUAACCAGUGAUCGCCUCAACGCCCAAGGCGAACAAAUCGGAAUCGCCUGCCUCCUAGAGCGAGGACUGAAGAGAAAUAUCCUCUCCGAAGCCAGCAAGGACGGACUCGAGUUCCUUGCAGACGGAGACGAAGUCAUCAUGGAAGGAUGGUGCGUUAACCGUCUCACGGGGGGUAAAUUCGGGUUUGGAGAGUGUCGUAGUGUCGUCCUUCCUGCUUUGAAGGAGGGAUCUUGGGAGUGA